AUGUUCUGGUGGUUUGCCACUCAGGCGGUUUUCCACUCAGGCGGUUUGCCACACAGGCGGUUUGCCACUCAGGCGGUUUUCCACUCAGGCGGUUUGCCACACAGGCGGUUUGCCACUCAGGCGGUUUGCCACACAGGUGGUUUGCCACUCAGGCGGUUUGCCACACAGGCGGUUUGCCACUCAGGCGGUUUGCCCCACAGGCGGUUUGCCACUCAGGCGGUUUUCCACUCAGGCGGUUUGCCACACAGGCGGUUUGCCACUCAGGCGAGCUUGAUAGGAGAGAAAGGAGAACCUGCCAUGUUGGAGCCUGGCACCGCGAUUGAGGGUCCAAUAGGAUUCCCUGGGCACCCGGGAGAACCAGGACCGCCUGGACCUUCAGGACCUCCUGGACCGAUUGGGGAUCCAGGUGAAAGGGGUCCUCCAGGAAGACCUGGACUCAAUGGUGCCGAUGGUAUACCUGGACCUCCGGGGAAUACAGUGAUGCUUCCUUUCCAGUAUGGUGGCGAUUCCAGGGGACAGACUGUGUCGUUUCAGGAAGCUCAGGCACAAUCCAUCUUGCAGCAGGCUAAGCUGGCUAUGAAAGGUCCGCCUGGCCCGGUGGGUCUGACAGGACGGCCCGGUCCCCUCGGUCCUCCCGGGUCGCAAGGUCCAAAGGGUGACUAUGGAGACAAUGGUCCUCCGGGUCCGCGUGGCUUCCAAGGCAUCGUGGGUCCCUCAGGAAAGUUCGGGAAAAGAGGACGCAGCGGAGCAGACGGCGGGCGCGGUAUGCCGGGAGAAACCGGAAUUAAGGGAGACCGUGGAUUUGAUGGCUUGCCAGGACUUCCAGGAGAGAACGGCCACAAAGGAGAUAUGGGGGGCUCGGGCCCGCCUGGGCCAUCUGGAAAAAAUGGAGACAAGGGUUCUCCCGGACCUUCCGGGCCCGCUGGUUCUCCCGGAGAAGCUGGUGCACGGGGCUUGGUUGGUCCUCGAGGUCCCCCUGGCCCACCAGGUCAGCCAGGUGUAAGCGGAAUUGAUGGCGCUCCAGGUCCAAAAGGAAACCAAGGCAUUCAAGGAGAGAGUGGACCAAAUGGACAACAAGGAAACCCAGGAUCUCAUGGUUUACCUGGACCUCAGGGUCCCAUUGGAAUGCCAGGGGAGAAGGGGCCAGCGGGAAAGCAAGGCAUAUCUGGGUUGGCUGGAUCUGAUGGCCCUCCGGGACAUCCGGGAAGAGAGGGGCCUGCUGGAGAGAAGGGCGUCCUGGGUCCCCCGGGCUCACCUGGUCCUAUAGGAUAUCCCGGCUCUCGAGGAGUGAAGGGAGCCUUCGGCGUUAGAGGACUGAAGGGGAGCAAAGGAGAAAAGGGUGAAGAUGGUUUUCCCGGCUCCAAAGGAGAUAUGGGGCUCAAAGGAGACAGAGGGGAUCCAGGAACUGUAGGAGGACGCGGAGAGGAUGGUCCUGAAGGGCCGAAAGGGCAGUCUGGACCGCUGGGAGAGCUGGGAGCACUGGGAAUUUUUGGAGAAAAGGGAAAGCUAGGAGUUCCGGGACUCCCGGGAUAUCCAGGACGUCAAGGUGCGAAGGGUUCCACAGGAUUUCCUGGUUCAGUUGGCGUGGUUGGAGAAAAAGGCAAGAGGCCUGUGAAGGAAGAAGCGGACAGCCCGGAUCACCGGGACAGCGGGGACCCUCCGGCACGAGAGGUGAACGAGGUCAGAGUGGGCCAACUGGAAAGCCUGGACUCAAGGGAGAUUCCGGUAAUGAUGGUGUUGCUGGAUCUGCUGGAGAGAAGGGACCAAUGGGUGCCCCGGGGCCACUUGGAUUCGCAGGACCCAAAGGACCCACUGGACCUUCAGGGAAGGACGGGUUACCUGGACAUGCCGGCACACGAGGAGAGCCAGGUUUUCAAGGCAAAACAGGCCUUCCAGGACCAACCGGGGUUGUUGGGCCUCAGGGCAAAUCAGGGGAGACUGGUCCAAUGGGAGAACGAGGUCAACCGGGGUCACCAGGAUCUCCAGGAGAACAUGGAUUGCCAGGCCCGGCAGGACGGGAAGGAGCUAAGGGAGAUCCCGGUCCUUCUGGCAAUGCAGGUAAAUCUGGACCUCAAGGGCUUCGAGGGUUUCCAGGUGCGAGAGGAAUUUCUGGGGAGCAGGGUCCAGCUGGGUUAAAAGGUGGAGAAGGUCCACUUGGUCAAGCAGGUGCCACGGGGCCUACAGGAGAGCGGGGUCCUCCUGGAGCAGCUGGAGGAAUAGGUCUUCCGGGGCGUCCUGGGUCGCAAGGACCUCCCGGACCAG